ACACAGAUUGGCCCUGGGAAUAAGUGUCUUUGUGUGGACGAGGCUUUGGACGUGUCACACUGGUGCCCAACCUCCUCCUAUGAACAAUGCCCUCUGUCUCUGCUGGUAAGUGCUUGAAAGAUGCUCAGGCACCAUGCACURGUGAGGAGAAUCUGAUACAAGCAAACAAAAAGAAGGAAGUUGCUGAUAUUUUUGCCAGCGGUCACAAAUCAAACCCGUGCAGUGAAGACAAUCAUCUCAACGCUGAUGAUAAGUCAGGGAAGAAAUGUGGAAAACACGACAAAAGUGAGCUGAACCAGGAGGGUUGYGAUGACGAGAUUAAAUGGAUCCGCCCUGAUCUGCCCAGCAGAUGCACAUGGAGGCUUGGAGCUCCGGUUUCAGAGUCGCCUCACAGCCACCCCCCACGCAUUAAACAACCAGCGAUCCUCCCCAACAUCCUCAGCCAUGUUGGAUACACACCUUUGGUUCGACUGAACAGAAUCCCAAAGGAGUUUGGGCUAAAGUGUGAAAUCUUGGGCAAGUGUGAGUUCUUCAACGCAGGAGGCAGCAUUAAGGACAGAAUCGCCCUGCGGAUGGUGGAGGACGCAGAGACAGCAGGGAUACUCAAACCAGGAGACACCAUCAUCGAGCCUACCUCUGGGAACACAGGUAUCGGCCUUGCUCUUAUAGCUGCUGUCAAAGGCUACCACUGCAUUAUUGUUAUGCCUGAAAAGAUGAGCACGGAGAAGGUGGACGUGCUGAGAGCUCUUGGGGCAGAGAUUGUGCGCACUCCCACAUCUGCAGCCUUCGAUUCACCGGAGUCUCACAUUCGCACGGCGUGGCGUCUACAGAGUGAGAUUCCCAACUCACACAUCCUCGACCAGUAUCGCAAUCCCAGCAACCCCUUGGCUCACUACGACACAACGGCUGAGGAGAUAUUGGAGCAGUGCGAUGGUAAACUGGACAUGGUGGUGGCUGGAGCAGGCACAGGCGGUACACUCACAGGUGUCGCUCGAAAGCUGAAGGAGAAAUGCCCCAAUGUGAAGAUAGUUGGUGUAGACCCUGAGGGCUCUGUUCUUGUACACUCAGAAGAACACAACCCAAAGUCUCAUUUUGAAGUUGAGGGCAUUGGAUAUGACUUCAUCCCCACAGUGUUGGACAGAUCUGUUGUGGACAUGUGGUACAAAUCUACUGAUAAGGAAACGUUCAACAUGGCGCGCAGGCUGAUAAAAGAGGAAGGCCUUCUGUGUGGUGGAAGCUCUGGCUCAGCGAUCGCAGCAGCGAUGAAGAUGGCUCAGCAGCUGGAGGAGGGUCAGCGCUGUGUGGUCAUCCUGCCCGACUCUGUCCGCAACUACAUAUCAAAGUUCCUGAGUGACCAGUGGAUGUAUGAGAAAGGCUUCCUCAGCCUGGAGCCUCUGAAUGGCGUCAAACCUUGGUGGUGGGACCUGCCUGUCCAGAGUUUACRCCUGUCCUCCCCUCUCACCGUCACACCAACCCUGUCCUGCCAGAAAACCAUCGAGAUCCUGAGAGAAAAGGCUUUUGACCAGGCUCCAGUCAUCGAUGAGUCAGGUGAAAUUCUGGGCCUGGUGACCCUGGGAACCAUCCUGUCUGGUCUUCUGUCUGGAAAGGUCCAACUGUCAGAUCCUGUCAGCUCAAUGCUCUGYAAAACCUUCAAACAGGUGCAUCUGACAGACAACCUGGCGAAGUUAUCCUGCAUCCUCAAGUCAGAAAACUUUGUCCUGGUGAUGCACGAUCACACUCACUAUGAAGCUGAUGGAGCAUCCUGCGAGAGGCAGAUGCUGUUCGGCGUUGCGACAGCGAUCGACCUGCUUAACUUCAUCACGGCACACGAGGAGCAGCGUCGUUCAGCCUCCAAAGACUCGCUGUCAAACAGAGAGUCUCUGGAAAAAUGUCCUGUUUAAGAUGUUCAGCCGGCUCAGAUAGUUAAUACUAGUUGUUGUUGCUAACAAAUCUUAYAAAGAAGAGAAAGGCAGCUGUGUUGCAUGAUAUUCUCACUGUGCUUUGCAGCAGUAAUAUAUUUAGUGUGUUUGGCCUUUUUAAAUUAACCUUUAUUUAAAAAUUGCUUUUACUCAGUGUCUUUAGCAGAAAAAAGCAAACAAACUGCUUCUUUAGAUGUUUGUGUAAUUUAUUAAUAAGAGCAAGGUAGGAAGAGCAUUAGUUUUGCUCUAUAAUAUACUUAUUUUAUAGCUUAUGUCUAAAGUUGAACAGAUAUUUAGCUCUCUGUUCACACUUUGGUWUUAAACACAAACCUCUUCUAACAACUCAUAAUUGGAUUUAAGUGACAGAUGCUGAUGGGCUUUUAUAAAACUUUUUUUAGACCUGUAAUGACUUUGGCUCCUGCCUGAUAAGUGCAAUGAUUUGUUUGGAUUUGAUAUUUGUAGAUCUUUCAUGGCUGAUGUGUUUAAUGUUAAUUUUAAUCAAGAUGUGAUUUAAAAUAGACAGAAUAAAUAUUUGCUCUGUACUAACAGUGAAGAUGUUAGUGAAUUUAAAGCCUUUUUUUAAAAAUACAAAAAUGAUUUUAGAGAAAAUAAGUUUUCAGCUCAGAAUAAAAUGACUUACAGUCACCUUUUUUCUGUU